AUCACCAAUCCUUCUUCUUACUUACGUAUUUUUAUAUAUCUAUUUUAGCUCUUGAAAGUCUCCUGCGUCACCAAACCCUUGUGAUGCUGCUGCUUUUGCCUCACAUGGUUAAUUCUUGUUGCCAAGCCGACUGGCCUGGUCACGCAGGAUGUUGUGGCGUCAUGGCGCUGCACUUGUUGCCAGAGUUUCCCACAGUUCAGACCCAGCUGCUGUUUAACUCGCGCGGCUCUGGAAUGGACCUUCGGUAUGCAGCGGAGGAUUGCACAAGCUUGUGGUUUGGCUGUUGCAGAACAGUUUCGGCUUGCAGUGUGGGUGUUGCUGUUGCAGAGUAGUCGACUGUCCUGGUGCGAAUUAAUAUCUUUCUUCCUCAACUUGCGUUUUAGAUUUUGUUCAUCACUAUUUUUGUCGGACGUUCAGGUGAUGAGAAUGUUUUCCCUCUGAUUCAGUGUGAAUGAUUUGUUGCAUUAUUAGUUUUUACAGUUUGUGGGACUUAAAGGUUUCAGAUCAUUGUCCAAAUUUAGCAGUUUUUACCAGCAUGGUAGCUUUGAAAUGGAGCUUAGGCGAAAAUUCAAACUGGGAGACUCGACCAGCUUCACCACAUCAUCUAAUCACCACGCCUGGCCUCAGCCAAUCCGGAACGGAGCUCUACGCCGCUCCAGCCAAUCGUCAUCCAAGGACACCUUCAAGAGUUCAAGCUACCCUCGGGGCUUCCUGCUCGUCAGCCGUGCUACGACUCUACGUGCGCCGUCCUCUGCAGCAACCGCUGGUUGUCUCCACGAUCCGCUGUGGCCCCACCGACACACGUCGGCUCUUCCUGCUCGUCCCAUUAUGGACUCGAUUCGUUGCCUGACCGUUUUUCCCAGUCCACCUCCGGGAGAACUUCACCAUCAGAUCGCUACGCUCACCUCCGCGUAUCUCAACUCACAGCUGGCUCUUCAGCUUCAUCAAUCGACAACUCCACCUGCGCCCACUGGGCGUUGUCUAGGUAAGACGUACCUGCUCCUGACUAGUUCAUUUUCCGUUCACAUCAUGUCACCGUCAGCGCUCCAGUACCUUUAAGUCAUGUUUUUUUUUUUUCUUCUCCUCGCCUCCUAUCGCUGGUCAUUUUCGACGUUUUCAGGGUCGUGAUUAGCCUAAUUAGUUGCAGAGCCAGAUUUUAAACUGAUCUGAGUCUCACCGGCCCCGCCUUUCUAAGGGCGGUCAUUUUCGUCAACCUCAUUCCAUCAUUACCCCGCUCAGGCCGCCGUAGCCCUCUCUUUCCUCGGUUGCUUAGAUCGCUCCAAAUUCUGUCUGAAAUCCCAGUUUGUAUCUCAACACAUUCCGCUCUCCAGCCCCAGCUGCCGCUGGGCUUUUAAUCGCAGCACCAAUUUUAAGCUUUUCAAAAUUAGUAGAGGGGAAUCCUUUAAGCCAUAUAUGAAACGUACCUGGAAACUAGCGGAGUUAUGCGCAAGCUUUUAUUCACAGUUUCUACUUUAAUUUAUAUAAAAAAUAAAUAAAUAAAUAAAAAAACUAUUUUGUUGGAUCAGCCGUUCAGUUUCACGCUCCUUAUUCUGGGUCAGAGGAGGCGUGCUUGCCUACUCAACUACCUGCCUCUUCUCCAUCAGUUCCAUUCUAGCAGCCUAUUCACACAAACAGACAGCAGAGCGUCCUGAGCGCCGCAACUCCAAAAUGGUGCAGUUAUUCAGCUGCCUGAAACAGGAAAUACUUUAUCUAUGGACACAGCAGGUAGAUUACCCGAGAACAGAGACGCAGCCUUCCCGGGUCGGCGCUUCAGACAGUGCGGUCCAGGUAAAAGUGUACAACGCGGCAGAAGUGCAUGAAGGGCUUUAUUAGUAGGUACAAUACACAACCAACCGCAAUCCCGGCCACCAAACGUAAAGGCUCGUCGUUCUCAGUUGAGCAGGUCAGGAACACAAACCACGCAGCCUCGCACCGGGAUAAAUGGUCUCGUGCAUACACCCUAGCAGCACCUUCACCAGUGGGGCGCUUGACCGCACCCGGAGUACAUAGCGGGGAGGAUGGUACUCCUCCCACCUCUGUUGGGCCUAUGUCGCUCUUCCCAGAACCGCCCCAGAAGGAAGCAGCGUUCUGGGGCCAGUAGUCUCAUCACCGGAAGCCGCUCGUAGGCCCUUUCUAAUUGUUCAACUUCAUCGCAGCUAGCAGUGCGUAUCUCGUCCGCGUAUUUCCAGUCGCACGCGUCAACAUCUGCCCUCUGACAGGCAGGUCUCACCUGCACAGCGAUCCGAACUCACUAGCGUCCUCUUUCAAGUCAUUCAUAGUUAGCAACACCGCUCGCCCGGACUGCUUCCUUUACUCGUCAUCCAUCGGUUCCGACUCGUAUCUAGGAGGCAUACUUGCAGUUAGUAUGCAGACAUGAGCGCUAAGGAGGUUCGCGUCAUCCGCACAGCGUCAGUUCGUCACACGUGACAGAAUAAAACCAGCCAACGUUUUCUUACAUGAAUGGUCACUCGUGCUUGACGCAGUCACUAUAAGUAAGUACUACUGGAGUUAGUCGCAGCCAACCAUAAAGUACACUCGCUUAAAACAAGCCUCUCAUUCCCCGAUAGUCCGACUGCCUACCAACAAAUUGGACUGUCACUGGCAAUAAGUCCCGUCAGACUGCAGGCCUCAACCAACGCCUAUCAGUCCUGUCAGACUGCAGGUCAGCCGGGCCUCGGCCCGGCUCCCUCUUUUGGGGGGAAGACUAUCCGAGCUCGCCGAGCAGACCGCCUGCUCACGGCGAUCCUCGGCUCGGGGUCUUCUGCCGGGUCCGAGCGCCAAAGAAUUGUACCAUUAAAUCUUUUAACUGCUAUUUUCUUCUCUUUGUGAGUCUCUCCAGAUUGAAAUGGAGCUUAGGCGAAAAUUCAAACUGGGAGACUCGACCAGCUUCACCACAUCAUCUAAUCACCACGCCUGGCAUCAGCCAAUCCGGAACGGAGCUCUACGCCGCUCCAGCCAAUUGUCAUCCAAGGACACCUUCAAGAGUUCAAGCUACCCUCGGGGCUUCCUGCUCGUCAGCCGUGCUACGACCCUCCUCCUCCCCAUCUCCACCUUCACCAUGAGGGACAUACUCUAGGAUCCUCCGUGCUCUCCCAUCUCCAGACUCCGCUCCACCACCAGAUUCGGUCCCGGGGGAAAGACUAUCCGAGCUCGCCGAGCAGACCGCCUGCUCACGGCGAUCCUCGGCUCGGGGUCUUCUGCCGGGUCCGAGCGCCAAAGAAUUCUGUGUUCACGUUGAGGAGCACCAUGCCGUGGAUAUCGACGUUUACCACUGUCCCAACUGCGAUGUCAAACAUGGACCCUCCCUGAUGAAAAGGCGCAACAACUGGCACAGACAUGAUUACACGGAGCCAGAUGACGGGUCCAAGCCGGUCCAGGCCGGUACCUCUGUGUUCGUUAAGCAGCUUCAGCAAAGGACCUUCCCGAGUGCCGAGGAGAUCCUGAUACGGAUGAAGGGUGAGCAGGUGACCACCAGGUAUUUGGAGAGACACGGCUUCAACUACCCCAUCGUGAUCACCGAGAUGGAGGGCCUGGGUCUGAAGCUGCCCCCUCCUACCUUCUCCGUCAAAGACGUGGAGCAGUAUGUGGGUGGUGACAAAGUUAUCGACGUGAUUGAUGUGGCACGGCAGGCGGACAGCAAGAUGAAACUCAGCGAAUUUAUCAUGUAUUUCACCAAGCCCCAUCGACCCAAAGUCCUCAAUCUCAUCAGCCUGGAGUUCUCCGACACAAAGAUGUCGGAGUUGGUUGAGGUUCCUGAUGUGGCCAAGAAAAUGUCUUGGGUGGAAAACUACUGGCCUGAUGACUCGUUCUUCCCAAAACCCUUCGUCCAGAAGUACUGCCUUAUGGGUGUUAAGGACAGCUACACGGACUUCCACAUAGACUUUGGAGGAACUUCAGUCUGGUAUCAUGUUUUGUGGGGUGAGAAGAUCUUCUAUUUGAUCAAACCCACUCCCACCAACCUUGCACUAUAUGAGGCAUGGAGCUCCUCGCCCAAUCAGAGCGAAGUGUUCUUCGGGGAUAAAGUUGAUAAGUGCUACAAGUGUGUUGUUACCCAAGGAACCACCCUGCUCAUCCCUACAGGCUGGAUCCAUGGUGUUCUCACCUCUCAGGAUUGCAUGGCAUUCGGAGGGAACUUCCUUCACAACCUCAAUAUUGGCAUGCAGCUCAGGUGUUAUGAAAUGGAGCGUCGCCUGAAGACUCCAGACCUCUUCAAGUUUCCAUACUUUGAGGCUAUUUGUUGGUAUGUGGCUAAAAACCUCUUGGAAAUGCUAAAAGAGCUGCGUGAGGACAGCUGUCCUCCACCAACCUACCUUGUAGACGGAGUCAGGGCUUUAAUCGGCGCACUGAGGACGUGGUUGAAAAGAGAGGUGACUGAGCCGACCAGCGAGGUUCCAGAUCAUAUCCGGCCCAACCAUCUCAUCAAGGAGCUGACCAAGGAAAUCCGCUACCUGGAGGAGGAACCAGUGAGCGGCAGCAAGCCAGUGAAAUCUCAGGGAAGUGGCGUGCCGUUGGGAGCAAAUGGCUGCCUCACCACCCGUGCCCUGGAGAGGCUGUGCCAGGCGCGGCAGGCGAGGCGAGCCGCCCGGCGGCUCCGGGAGCAGCAGCAGCAGCAGCAGGCCCCCAAGACGCCGUCCAACCUGGACAUCCUGGAGCAGCACACCAUGGAGGUGCUGAAGAGGGUGGAGGUGGGGACGCUCGAAGAGGAUCCAGCGUUUUGUGCCAAGGUUCUCGGAAAGUUUAACAAAGUGUCGACUGCAUCGGCAGCAGCUGCGGAGUCCUUGGAGGACAACCACCUACGUCUCAUGUUGGUCAACGGCAGAAUCAUCCGAGAUUUAAGGCGACUGGGGAGCAGUCCGGUAAAGACGGAGGGUGAGCAGUCAUGUGUCGACCAAAGCCCACCAAAGAGCACAGCUGAGAAAGCAUCGCUCCUCAGGCGACUGGAAAGGGUGAAGAAUGAUCUCAGGGAGGAGACCUCAGGACACUCCAGCGUCUCGGAUGUGGAGUCAGACAGCGACUCUCCCUCAGAAAGUAAAUCGUCGUCGUCAUCUUCAUCUUCUGACGAUGAUUCGGAGAGUUCCCAGGAGGAAGACGAGGAGGAGGAGGAGCAGAACGGCUCAGGGCACAGGAUGGAUCUGGACCAGUCGGGUCAGAAACUCAGGCACAAACACAAACCACUCAAACGAGAACGUCCUACCUCACCCAGCACAGAAGAGGCCAUUCAGGGGAUGCUGUCCAUGGCUGGUCUGCUGGAGGAGGCGCCGUCGCCCCAGGAGUCCUGGUGGGCCGGUUCGACCCAACGCUCGCUGCAGGGGGGCAAGAGUCCCAUGGACAGCCAGGGCAACAGCAGCAGCGAGGCCUGGGACAAUCAAGGGCUCCCCAGCCCUGAUACGGAGUACCAGUACUGUGACCCCUCCAUGUCUCCGCCGCUGCACCCUUCCAAGAGGAACGCGCCCAACCCUCCACCCAUCAGCAACCAGGCUACAAAAGGUAAAAGGCCCAAAAAAGGAAUGGCAACAGCCAAACAGAGACUUGGAAAGAUCCUUAAACUCAACAGACACAGUCGUGUUUUUGUUUGACGCGCUUCCUGAAACUUCAAACUCAAAGAAAAAAAAAGAUAAUUUUCCAUCAGUUCUCAAAGAAUUUUUUAAAAAAAGAAGAAAGACAGAGAGAGAAAAAAAAAAAUUUUUUGUCACUUUUGUGCCGGAGGGGGAAAAAAAGAUGGAGACGACUGGAUCUGAAAACACGCUCACUGUGCAUGCUGAGGAGACAGGGUAUUGAAUUUGAGCAAAUCUUCACAGGAAAACAAUUAAAAUAAAAGCACACUAAGAACAAAAAAAGGAGAAUUGUGUGAAUUUUCAUGCGGAUUAAAUAGAAGUUUCAGCGGGCAUUCGAAUGGGACUAGGAAAACCUGCGAGCUUUGCUUCUGGAUGAGGUCAGCGGGUUGAAACGUGGUGCUUCGAGCAAUUAAAAGAAAAAAAAUGGAGGCUGCGGCGAACUGAAAUUUCAAAAUGGUGCUUCUUGUUUUGUAUUCUUCUUCCACCUGUGCUUUUCUUCCUCCCUCUUUUUAUCUCAAUCACACCAGCAAUAAUGACUUUGGCGCGAGAGGAGAGGCAGAGAGCGGAAAGAGAGCGCUGCCUCUCCCUGAAUUUGUUUUCAAUAGGAUUUAACUUUAAUUUAUUUCUCAUUUUAUCAGUUUUAUUUUCAAUGUGUUUAUGGAUUAUGUAUUUAUUAAUUGAAAGAAUUGAUGAUUUUAUUAUGAAAUGACCAUGAAACCUUCAGUUUUGAGGGUUUUAAGAGGUUUUUCUUUUCUUUUUUUAAUCUUCAAACAUUUUUGUAAAUGUGGAUGUUUUUAGUCUUGAGUAGCAGUUGACCUUCGACCUUUCUAACUUUCUGUCGUCACGAAUCUUUUCCUUCUGCAGUUGACUUGAGCCUGUGUUGACUCCUGUCUCUUCCCAGUGAUUGUUGGGCGAUGUGUGUAGAGACUUAGGUUAGGUUUAUUUCUUUCAUGUCUUCACCUGAACAUUCUCAGUUAGUGCCACUUAACUUUAAUUAGCAAAAAAAAAAAAACAACAACAAUUAAAUAUCUGAGCCACUGUGGUCGGUACAAAGUACUUUAGUAGUUUUUAUACCCCUUGAACUUUUCCUAUUUGUUACUUUAAAGAAAUUUAAUGAUAUACCAAGAUAAUAGUAGACAAAAUUUUUUAAAAUAUUGGCACUUCAUUCCAAGCAAAUAAUUUUAAAUUGAAUUAGUUUAUUGUGGCUAAAAUUAUAUUGACAACUACAGGGUGCUGAGUAAUGCGCCAGAGGGGAUUCCCAUGACUGAAAUUAUACACUCUAAGGCAAAUACAAUAAUUUUAAGUCUUUUUCUUUUUUUAUUCAAUAUAUUUAUCAUUUUCAACAACACUUCCUUCCUUUUUUUAUCUAAUAAUUGUAAAGAUAAAAAUUUAUAACCUCAGCAUGAUUCUGCCACCACCAUAAAUCCCCCCAGUGUUCAGUUCAGGGUGAAGUGCAGUGUCAGUUUUCUGACAGUUUUUUUUAUUUUUUUUAUUUUAGUUUGUACUAAUUAAAGUAAGAAUAUAUUUUAUUAUAUAUUUACUUUUUUUUUUUUUACUUUGGAGUCCCACAGCAUGAUUCUGCCACCUCCAUGUUUUCCAGUGUUCAGUUCAGAGUGAGCUGCAGUGUUAGCUUUCAGUCACAAGCUUAUAUUUAUCUUUUUGACUAUUUGAUAUAAAAUAGGAAAACAUACAUUAUUAAAUAUAUAUUUGAAUAUAUAGUUGUUUAUGGCUACAAACUCUUGAUUCUCACAGCAUGAUACUUCCACCACCAUGUAUUUUCCGCUGGAGGUGCUCUUUUCAGUUAAAAGUGGUGCACUUUUUUCUGCCACAGUCUGAUUUAUUUUUAUUUUUACAAAUUUAUAUUUGUGGCUAAAAUUUUAAUUCCCACAACAUGAUUCUGCCACCAACUAGCUUCACAGUGGAGACACUCUAUUCGACUCAGAAUUAUGUACUUUUAGUUUUUCCCCAAUAUAUUAUUUAAAUUAACCAUUUUUAAACAUGGCAACUAAUCAGAUUCCCUCAGCAUUAUGUUGCCACCACCAAGUUUUGAAGUAGAGAUUGUGAUUUUGGUGAAUUAACUUUAUUUUAGGAAGGAAGUUGGGGAUUGUUUUAACUUAAUGUACAAAAACAAAGGAUUAUACAAUGCAAUACUUUAGGUUUGUCAUGUAAAAACUAUAGUUUAAAUUUAGUGGUUUUAAAGUGACAAAAAUGGGGAAAUGUUCAAGGGGUAGAAACAGUCAAAGUGUUCAGAAAAACGAGGAACCUCCGAUGGGAAUGUGUGAGUAUUGUUUUUAUUUUCAGUACCAGUGAUGUUGUGAAACGUGAGCAGUUCUUCACUCUCAGGGAAUGAUGCCAUGGACAUUAACCUCCGAUUAACCACCAGCCACAUCAUCACGGAUGCAGACAGGAUGCUCUCAGCUCUCCCAGGACUUUCAGGAAGUCCUGCUUCCGAGAAGCUGAGGUUUGUUUUCAUAUUUCCAAAAAAAGAAACAAAAUAACCUCCAUUUUGAGGUUUUUCAGGUUGCUGUCACCAGUCAUUGUAUCUUCCGCUGUUGUCCCUCAAACUUCCAAGUUGUGUUCAACUCAGUAUUACUCAUUCAUCACCCUCCUGGAGUUGACCCUUGACCUCAUCAGUGAACUGCCAUAUAGCUUUAAGACCAUUCUGUGAACAGUGUGAGGCUGGGAAAACUUUUCUCAGGUUGACCUACAAGUAACUGUGUGAUGAUCGCCAGGCUGAUUCCCUACACUACACUCUUUAACUUUUUCAAUUCUUUGCAUGUCAAGUCAUUUAAGAAUAAAAAAAGAAAAGAAAACGCGAGCUGGCCCGCAGGCAGGGUUUGUUUAUAAGCUGUAGUAUUCACACAGGAUUUAUCACCUCCCACCUCUUUUUUUUAAGCAUUUGUGUUGUCGGUUCUUGCAAAAGAUUGCUUCUGAUUUUAAAUCUACUAACACUGGCUAACUGUGACACUGUUGAUGCGUUGCAUUUGUUUCUGCAUUUCAAAAAUUGCUUGUAAAUAAAACGAAUGAAAUAAAAACAAAA